AUGGCAGGGCUCGAUGGCGGCACUAGCGACAGGUUGCGCAUGAAUCAAGGCAAGAGGAUGCAGAUUGUGGUCUUGGUGUUCAUUGCUAUGGUCAACUGUGGGUGCGGGCAAACACAGAUACAACCUGGAGCGUUUUGUAGGACCAAAGUCGACUCAUCCACCGCAAUUCUUGCCAAGAGUUUGAUCUACUGUGACGACAUCGGCGAGCGCUCUGUGGCCUGCGGGGGAAAUGCGAACUUCACAGAGAAUGUCGACAAGCCAAUCCACACAACCCCAACAGGGUGGACCCUCUAUGCCUUUUCCAUGGAGCUGAACCCUUGCCAAGUUGUGACCGAGGUUGACGGUAGCAAGCUCCUCGGAUCCAUGCACAUCAAGAUAUCCUGGUCUCGAGGGACGUGGUUGGACGACUGGAAUCAGGCGCAAAACUCAACGACGCCGCGUUACCUGGAGCUGGACGCUGAUCCCAAGACAGCAGCCUACAUUAGGAUGCACGCAUGGGCAGUAGAGAAGGGCUGCACGUGCGACAACGCCCUCUGUUCCCUCUGCUAUUGCGACGCAUGCUACUGCCUCAGCGACACAGCGUUUGAAAUCGAUCGCAAGAAACAUUGCACGGGCCUCCAUCCUGAUACGAACCCGCCAAACACUCAGAUCUCAGAGGAUGGUCGCAAACUGAAGUACUCAGACGAGUUCAUCACAGGAAAUGUGGACAUCUUAGUCGGAUCGAAAGAUGUUAUCCGCCUUUGCGAAGGCUGCAGAAUACAGCUACUGCGAGAUUUCUGCAUUGGACGACUCGGCGGCGACCUGGCUUGCCCGCUCACGGCCUCGAGCUCACCUUUUCGAGAUUCAAAGAACUUGUUCCUCUACAUGUUGACAAUGCUGUUGUCUACCUUGAUCCUCGUUGUUUAA